AUGGUGGUUUUUGUCGACUUGGACGAUGCCUUCGAGCACGGAUCGACACUGGAGAAGCCCUUCCCCCAGUUGAACCCCAUCGCGUCGGAGCCGGCCGACUUGACCCCAUCCUCUGUCUCAUCUUCCCGUGAAGAACCGGAUGAAGGGAACUCCAACCUCAACCGAAACGGAUUCUCGGCGGCUUUGAGUUGUUAUCCUAUCGUCAAGGAGAUCGCUCGAGCCGUUGACCUCAACACCCUUUACUCCCUCUCGACUACGUGCCGCCAGUUCCAUGUGAACUUGGCACCGUUUCGUCACCAACUCGUGCGGGAGACCCUCCGGUGCGAGAAUGAAUAUGUCGAAACAUUAGCAGAAAUGCUCCACAGCGGUGCUGUCCUCCCAAGUAGCGUGAAGUCAGUCCUGCAGCUAUUAAGUCGCGGUAGCGGUGAGCCAGGACGCAUGACCCGCGGAAAAGUGGCCAAAUGCGCGCGCGACAUGGUGGCGGAAUGUCGACGCUGCGCGAAAGUUGUGUGCAGAAAUUGCACCAUCAAACCACCUUCCCAAACAACUCUUAAAAAUCGCAUUCGUCGCCUCUGCCGUACCUGCGGCACUGCACCUCUAUCCUCCCACCUCUCCGCAGAUCCACACAGCCCAGCCCCCGACCCGGACAGUGUCGCUGCAACUGCAUUUGCACACAGCCCAUGUACAUGUACUGAAUCUGUAUGGCUUUGUACGCAAUGCGGGCAAACCCUGCGCAGCAAUGACACGACAUACAGACGCGUCUGGGCCUGGCGGACGAGGUAUAGUACAUACCUUGGCGGCGGGUUAGGCACCGGUAUUGGUGAGGGCUGUCAAGGCGUGAAGUGUGGGCGUGGAGAGAGGUGUCUUGCGGCACAGGGUAUCGAGCUUGAGGUUGAUUGUGAGGCGGAUGAAAGCUCCAGUGAUACUAGCAGCAGCCAUAGCGCUGGGCAUAGUCCUGCGAGCCAUUCGUCCAACUAUAAUGAAGCGGCCAUAUUGACCGACAGUCAUGAUGACGAAGAGCCUGGAUAUUUCCGGCAGGAGGUCAUCGGGCUUGGUGGGGUUGUCAAGCAUAAGGCCAAGAAAAGAGUCAAUGUUGGCGCCUGCGUCGUUGAAUAUGAGGAUGAAAGAGAGACCGGAAACUAUCUUGUCCGGGAAGAAGAUGGGUUACAUCGUGCCUGGUGUGGAUGGUGCUCUAGAGUGAUUCCUUCGAAGAGUGAGGCUGGCUGUUAA